CGAUCGGUGCGAAAACAUGCGUUGCCGACAGCAUAAAAGGUAACUCUCCAAAAAAUCUCCAUCACACAUACGGUGAAGUUACUCGUCUCAACUAAAAGCACCGUACCGGAGUACGAAAAACGUACUAAGAUGCAUCAGGCAAGAGCAUUCUUACUGGGAGUUCAGUACCUAUUACGCGCAGCACAAGGACCAGUACAAGCAUCAGAGCCGCAGUAUGGAACUGGUAGGACAUAAAUUGGCUGAAACCCAAUUUUACUCUCACCUGUUAUCACAAUUUGACCUGUCAUUUCUAGAGUACUCUCUGACCAUACUAUUACUAUCACCAUUAUCACACUAUGAAGUUCACUGUUGCUGCUACUCUCCUCGCCACAUCUGUUACAGCCACAUCUGGAUCUGACCAAAGUGUUGCCAAUGAUGCAGCAUCCGCGAGUCAUCGUGGACUUGCUGUUUCUUUGGAAGAUCGAUUCGAGGUGACUUCUGUAUUGAAAGAGCGCCGUGCAUCCAAAAAUAAAGGCAAGGUCAUCCGCAAUCUACAAAGAAAACUUCAGCAGCGGCAGCUUGGCAAUGAGGUCGAGGAAGAUUCACAAGUGCAUGAAGAAGACCUUGAUCUUGGUAUAUUUUCUCGUGGAUUGCAAGCCAAUGCUACAGAACCCGAGGAAGAGCUAUCCGUGAUGGAACAGCUAAUCGAACUUUGUGGGGACACAGAAGAAACAGACGAAAGCUUUUCGUGCACAUGUGCUGAUCUUAAUGUCGAAGCAUACACUGCAAGUGUAACUUGUGCAUACGCAGAAAAUUGCCUCAGUCCCACCGAGGACAUUUGUGGAGGAAAUACCACUUUCUGCUUCCUAGAAACCUACAACCUCGAAGUUACGGCACCAGGAACUGGAUCCUCUGCGAUCUGCUACGAGCUAACUUCUCCUCUUUCGUUCAAUUACUGCUACGGGCUCACAUACACGGACGAGAGUACCACUCCUUCUGGUUGUGUGUUGGAGGUAGAAGGAAACCAGUGCAACUCGUGCGAAUUUUACUUUUACGAUUCACAACCGAACGUUACAUGCAAUAAUUUUGAUUGCAGCAACGCCGAUGAAACCAUUGGAAGUGGUAUCAUCUGCGGAGAUGAUACCAUCGUCUCGGCGAAGAUCGAGGAUCACCUUACGUAUGCUCCCUUGCCAUGUGAAGGUGGAUGCAACAUUUGUCCCUCGAAUGGUGAGAUGUCAUUGGUAGAUAACAAUGUAACCAUGAUCACAGGUGAUGUCUAUCAGUGUUGGCAGUUAAAUCUUGCAGCACAAGCCGGAUAUCUCCAAGAUAUGCCGGGUGAUUUAUGCAAUAGUUUGCUGGAAGUCGUGAACGAACCUUGUGGGUGCGUUGUUCCUCCUGCUACCGAAGUCCCGGAAGUUACCCCCACUUCAGACRAAGACACAAAUCCCGAAGCAGCACCCACUGACGCACCUAUGUCGUCAACCGAGCCCAACGAAGCUUCUGAUGGCGCAACAGUAAAAUCAAGAUUUUCUUUUGCUGUCACUGCGUUGGCUGCAACCUUUUCAUGGAUGAUAAUUUAAGAUAUGAAUUAUCCAUUCAUUGCUCAAUACUUCUACAUUGUAUUGAACUUCCGGGUCGUCUGUUUACUCAAUUUCACUAUCGAUUUGGUCGGGCGCUGACGACAGCUCAUUGACACGUCGUACCAUGUUUAAAAUCGUAUCGUUAAACUCCAAUACAUAAUUUAUUGUUAU